CCUUUCUGCUGGAGUGGGAUCCGCCUCGGCGGUAGCCGGUUGGCGUUUAGUGCUUGUUAUGUAGACUUCAGAGUGGUGUGAUACCGUGCCGCCAGUCCCUUCCUUCUGUAAAAAAGGGUAGCUGCUUUCUGAGCCAUCACAUACCAACUUCAUGUAUUCCUAAGAUUGUCGUCAGCUUCUUGUUUGUGUGUUUGUUUUUUUUUUUCUGAGGCCUUACUGAGGUUAAAUUACUUACAGGUUCUAGUGGUUAUAAAGUAAUUUACGAUGUUUGUACUACUCUGUUUUAACUCUGUAAUUGACUCUUGUAUUAAGAGACAUUGUUUUAACUUGGGAAUGGUUAAAUGGCCAAAGAAUUCAAUUAUUUACGGAUAAGGGCUAUUUUAAUUCACUACUGUUAGCCUGCAACUUAAACUUGCGUCUUUUAUGUUUUUUUAUCCUAUGCUUUUUCUGUGUUAUGGCUGCUGCAACAAUAGUUCAUGAUACAUCAGAAGCUGUAGAGCUCUGUGCUCCCUGUGGGUUAUAUCUUAAACCCAUUACAAAAAUGACCAUCAGUGUGGCACUUCCUCAGCUGAAACAACCGGGAAAAUCCAUUUCGAACUGGGAAGUGAUGGAAAGAUUGAAAGGGAUGGUGCAAACUCAUCAGUUUUCCACUCUGCGGAUUUCCAAAAGCACAAUGGAUUUCAUCCGGUUUGAAGGAGAGGUUGAAAACAAAAGUUUGGUUAAAUCUUUUCUGGCAUGUCUUGAUGGCAAAACAAUAAAGCUGAGUGGCUUCUCUGACAUUUUAAAAGUCCGUGCUGCGGAAUAUAAGAUUGACUUUCCUACCAGACAUGACUGGGACUCAUUUUUCCGUGAUGCAAAAGAUAUGAAUGAAACUUUGCCAGGGGAAAGGCCAGAUACUAUUCACUUAGAGGGCUUACCUUGUAAGUGGUUUGCAGCAAAGGACUCUGGCUCAGAAAAGCCAAGUGAAGAAGUCCUUAUAAAAGUUUUCAAGACGUUUGGAGAAAUACGUAAUGUGGACAUACCUAUGCUGGACCCUUACAGAGAAGAAAUGACUGGCAGAAACUUUCACACUUUCAGUUUUGGAGGCCAUUUAAAUUUUGAAGCUUAUGUUCAAUACCGGGAGUAUGCAGGUUUCAUUAAGGCCAUGAACGCCCUGCGAGGGAUGAAGCUGAUGUAUAAAGGCGAUGAUGGCAAAGCAGUGGCUUGCAAUAUAAAGGUUUCUUUUGACUCAACAAAACACCUUAGUGAUGCAUCAAUUAAGAAGCGUCAGCUUGAAAGACAAAAGCUUCAGGAGCUUGAAAAACAGAGAGAAGAACAAAAACGGAAAGAGAAAGAAGCUGAGGAAAAACAAAAAGAGGAAGAAAGGAAGCAGAGAGAGCUUGAAGAAUGUGAGAGAGAGAGAAAAAGAGAAGAAAAGUUGCGCAGGAGAGAACAGAAACAGAAAGAUCGUGAAGUUCGACGAAACAAAAAACAACUUGAAAAGCUUCAAGCUGAAGAACAGAAAAAACUGCAAGAGAAGAUAAAGUUAGAAGAAAGGAAGCUCCUGUUAGCUCAGAGAAAUCUUCAGUCCAUUAGACUAAUUGCAGAACUGCUAAGCAGAGCAAAGACAGUAAAGCUUUUGGAGCAAGAACACAAUGAAGAAAAGAUUCGUCUUCAGCAGCUAGAGGAGAGACGAAGGCUCCAGGAGGCCGAGCUCAAACGUGUGGAAGAGGAAAAAGAGAGAGCACUGGGGUUGCAGAGAAAAGAAAAGGAACUGAGAGUGAAACUACUGAACAAUCUUCUGAGCAAGAAAAUGGAUGCAGUUAAUCAAAACAAAGAAGAAACAGAAGCAUCUCAGUCUGACAUGCUGAUAACCCCUAGUGGUGUUCCACACACCGUGUCAUCCAGCUGCAUCACUUCUACCUCAGGACAGGCUGUUACAGGCAAACUGGCUCCCGGCUCUCAAAGGGAAGUACCAUCCCCUGAGAGCGUAAACACUCAGUGCAAGUACUUGAAUGGCAAUGUUCAUGACAAAGUCCAUGUCAAAGAAGGUCAGAAACUUCAUACCACAAACUCUGAGAGGUGUUCUGAAAAAAGAAGUUCGGGGGAACUUUCAUGUGUUCCCACCAAUAACCAGCAGCAGAAGAACCUCUCUAGUUAUGACCAGGGUACCUGCAGGAAGGACUCACACCAUGAGCAGCGCAAACGUAGCACAGAGCCAAGGAGAAGAAAGAGCCGUUCGUGUAGCAGCGUAAACACUGAUGAGAGUAAGAGUAAACGAGAGAGGAGCAGACACAGAAGAGAUGUGAGUUACCUGGAUGAAAAGCGCAGGAAAGAAAGGAGGUAUUAUAGACACUCUAGCAGAAGUUACAGUCCUCGACGAAGCCAUAGUCCUCGUCGAAGCAGUGUAAGCCCCAAACGUUCACGUUACAGAAGAACUCGCAGUAACGAACGUAGACGAGACAGAAGAGAAAGAAGUCGUAGUCGCAGAAGUGUCAGCAGGAGACAAAGGCACCGGAGGAGAUCACUGAGUAAGCAAAGGAGUACUUGGAGUGGGUAG